CUACUAUCGCGAUCGCUUGUUCAUGCCAGUCGGCAGGAUGGCUCGGUCUAUGACGCACUUUCUGGGGACCUUCCGACUUCUGCCGCGAAAAGUUCAUCGACGGCUGCAAGCUGGCCAUAACUGCCAAUCUGGAGAUGGCGCCGAAGAGUGUACGACGAGUGGCAUAUCAUAUGCAGGGCACACCAAGCCCGAUUUCAGUUUGGGCGGACGGUGUCUAUAUCAACCAAGAAAAUGACGAUAAAUGCGAGCGCAAUCAUCAGGUGCGCCUCAUGUCGCGAAUUUACAGCAACUGCCGGACAGGUCUGAUGUACCUAGGAGAAGAGACGGACGGUAACGAGAGUAUAGGACCGACUCAGCACAUCGUCAACGCGUAUUACCGACAAUACAAGAGGCACUUUCAAUCACG